AUGCGACAGGCGGUGCAGAGCGUGUGUGCGAUGGGGUGGAUUUUCAGGGGGCGCGGCGGUGGUUGGGGCGGGGUGUAUCGAUCCCCGCGGGGCGCUUGCGCCACGGCGGCGGGCGCGGGCGGCGUCAGUGAGCCUCGCAAGCCGUCUGUGUGCCACACGCGCAGUCCGCAGCCGGCCGCCAGCCAAGCGACUGCCUACGACUCCGUUGCGCGUAUCUUCUGUCGCAACAUUUGA